AUGAGUCGAAACUUCUUCCCCGCCAUUAUGGCCAUCGGCAUGGGUGUGUAUACGGGAUAUUACACCUUCAACCCGGCAUUCCGCGAGCUCCAAUCCGAGAAGGAGCCGUCGCAACAAGCUCCGGGCGCCCCGCAAUCGCAAGGCCAAAGUGUCGCGAAACCGAGCGCAAACGAUUCGACGCCGGCCAAGGAAGAUGGAAAUGGAAACCAAUGA